AUGUACUUCAAUAUCGACAACAUGGCAAUUGAGACUUACGACUUCACAAUAAGGAGUCACUUCCCAGCAUCCAAAUUCGACUCAAUAUCAUACAGCCCGAAGGAAUUCUUAUCCCAGAGAUUUCAUGGCGACGUCAGCGCAGAUCUUGCCCAGGAAGUGUCUACACAUCUAGAUCAAGCUGGCGUCAGAGACUCCCCUAUGGGCAUUAUUGAAAUUGAGAGAUAUACCCCAGCUAUUGCCCACGCCUUACUGAUAUCUUUGCCCGAAUUUCCAGGGCAUCUUCUCGAAAAGGUCGUCCUCAACACAUCCAGUAAUCGGAAUCUCUCAGAGAUCCCAAGCGCCAACAAAGACUCUACUAGUAUCGUUUCUCUCUUAAACUUUCCCUCAUCUGCAGAAUCGUCCCAUGUGCAUGGUUCCACUACUGGCAAUUUUUAUCAAAUCGCCAUUUGGAUUCGUCAAGUUUCAGUGACUAGUCAAACGGUCGGAGACUCAGAUCAUCAUGGUACGACGAAUAUAUGGCUUAUCUGCACAAGCCCCAAUGUGCGCACGCGUCUCGCAAAGCACUACUUCUCCGGUGAAAAUCCAAAACGAUGGGUACGACUACACAAGCACCCAUUGUGGAUAUUUGCCGAUAUAUUGCAUGUUUUUGGUGACUGGGCCCAAAUUUGGGACGCCAUAAAAGAAAAGCUUACGCCGUAUCAUGACAAGAUCCUUCUCGCUAGUCAUGUGCCAACCUUGCUGGAGUUAACUCGUGACCUUCAUCACGAAACCGCAACAUUGCUGUUAGUGCGUGAGCAGCUCCGUGUUCAUUCCGCUGCACUUACUCGAUUGCUUCACUUAGGUGCGCGACCUACGUCACAAGAUCCUACAGAGAGGAAACAGGAUCCUACAGAGAGGAGGCUGCAAGUGCAUCUUGAAGACAUCAAAUAUCACGAGGAAACUUCUCAGGAUAUCUCAAGACAGCUAGAAAAUAUGAUAAACUUAGUAGCUAGCCCCGAUUUCCCACUUUCCACACUGUCCACACUGUCCACUAACAAGCUUUCCAAAUCAGGCCUUUAA